UUCAGGUCCUGCAACCCUGCGCCAAACCCCGGCGGCUUUCUACAAUACAAUCCCAUUAUCAAGGAGUUCCCAGCAGCACACAAGCAUCGUACUUAGCAUUGGCAUCCGACAUUCUGCCCUAUGACUACUACUACAUGCAGCCGCGUCUAGUCCUGUGGUGGUAUGCUCUCUCUCGCCGGGUGUGGAGGACGCCAACCUGUGCCAACUUCCGAUGAUUAUUUGUCAUUACUAGUACUGUUUAUGUACUUUGUACUGCUCCAUCGCCAUGGUCCAGGAGAGUUUCAGACAUUCCGAUUAUGAUUCAAUUACCGCUGUGGCGCGGUCUGCGGUCUCGAAGCCGUCGUCGGUGGUCCGCAGGAAGUUCGCGAAGCCCCCAGUUAAAGUAGCUUGUUUGGCUUGCCGUGCUUCGAGAACGCGUUGUGAUGGGCAAGAUCCAUGUGCUAAUUGCACUGGCAAGAACCGAGAAUGUUCCUAUAUGCCCAGUAAACGAGGUGGUCCUAGGAGAAGAAAGAAGAUAUCCAUUUCCGAUGGAAACAAUGUCCAGCAUAAUGGCGCCCAGGGAGUAGCAAUGGUGCCGUCGCCUGAUUUCCAGGAAGCGUCAUCCGAUAUGUUUGGCCAAAUCGAUGAGUUAUCUAUGCCAGGUGCAGGACUGAGAAGUCUAGAUUAUUCUUCCGAUGUACAGACUAUGCUUGCAGAUCUUUUCGUCCCCAACACCGAAGGACAUCCCGACAUGCAUAUGCAGUCAACGCCGUCAUCUUCAAGUAUGCUCAUGCAGCCUCUGGUGCGGACGUAUGGCAGCGAAUACGAAAUUCUAAACGCCUACUACGUUUUCAUCCAUCCUUAUUUCCCUAUCCUCCCAGCGAGAGUGACAUCCCCAUUUCCUGAUCAACCAUUGAAUUACGCUACAUCCUGCACCAGCUCCCCUUCCGAAGACCCUGUUCUAGCUUACCAGCCUCGAUCGCCCCUAAGUCUUGCGCUAUCUGCAAUCCUGUCCCUUAUACCUCACCCAGAUGAUCCCGAACCAUCAUCUCCAAAUUCUGUGGCGCAGCGCAGAAAUCGUGCUCAUGCAUUCGCUCAAAUGGCAGCUGACAGUGUCGAGGCCGACUGUGAGCUGAAUUCUUCAUCCACGGACCCUUCGCAGGCGCUGUACGGUGAGCGGCCAUCGAUUAGCCGAGAACCUUUCCAUCCUCGGACGCCAGUUGAACUCGAGAAUCUCCUCGCGCUGUUGGUAUUGUCUACGUAUGAGUAUGUACAACGCGGGAACUUGUUGAAGAUGAGAUACCGUGCGGGUCAGGCGUUCACGAUAGCCUUGGACAUGUCUCUGCAUACUUUAGAGGAGGACCAUAGCGAUUUUGCAGAGGCUAGAAGGAGAGCGUGGUGGAUGACGUACUACUGCGUCCUCCAAGGGUCUAUUGUUAGCACGACCACCCCGUCUAUCGUGAUCCAAGAUCCUCAAUUCAUUACACCCUACCCCCAAUUCGACUCCGACCCAGAUGGUUGGCCUGUUUUGAUACAGGCGCAGCAAGUUCUAGUAUCGGCGACUCAAUUCGUCAUCGAUCUGAACAAAUGCAUCAAAUCAAGGUCGAACAUGUCCUAUAUAUACGAACGAAUGCAGCAACUUGACACCUGGGCUGCCUCUGUGCUUUCGCAGUCAGCAUUAACCCCCAGUAUUUCACAACCUCACGGCCUCGACAACAGAGCAGAAUUGAUCACCGCGCGCAGCAUGCGUGCAAUUUCGCGGAUCAAACUAUCCAGCGCGCAGAUCAAAACACACCGUUUCCGAGCCUUCCAAGACAUUCCCAUAUUCAUCAAGAAGCACUGUGAUCUCACAGCAGCAGCAGCAAAUGCCAGCAACACAACUCCAACAACCCGUACACCACCCAAAGACCCUUCUCAAAUAACCAACAUCCGUUGCUCAUGCAGCAGCACCAUGGAACAUGUCCCUGAAUACACAACACCCUCCACCUCAACGACCCCAGAUCUCCCAUCUACAUCAUCAUCACAACAACCCCCUACUCCCACAGAAUGUCCUUUUUCCAGCCAACACUCGGCAAAAGCCUGCCUCCGUGCCGCCCUCCUAAUCUCGCACAUGUUCCAAUCUCUACCCCUCCCGCAUCCUGAGGGGCAAGAACUCCACCCGCAGCAUCAACAAAAAUUACCACGCACCAUGCCUUCAUUUGCCUGCUGCUUAAUGCAAGGCAGCUAUGCCAUGUUAAUGAUAUUCUACAAAGCCCGCGUCGCAAGGCGAAUGUCUCCGUCUCCACUCCCACUCUCAUCACAGCCAGGAGCCGGGUAUGAAAACGGGCGACGCAUGUCUGGGACUAUGAAUUCCGACCCGAAUACGAAUCCUAACCCGACUCUGAAUCCGACGGAUAGACUAAUUUUGGAGCUGAAGCAGGGGCUGGAGAGGAUUAUAGGUGUGGUGAGGAAUUAUACGAUUGCGUUUGAGGCGUUGGCUGGGAUGAGGGAUGAUAUUGAAGGUGCUUACCACACGGCAUUUGCUUGAAUGCAAUGCUUUGACAGAACUUCGGGAUUUUUUUUUUUUUUUUUUUCGCUUUAUACCAUUAUUUUGCACGGUCUCAAACAUACACGGCAUAUUGUUUCUAGUGUCUUUGAAGUUUAUAGUUCACGGCCUAGUGAUGCCUCCUGUUGAUUGUUUAGGUAUUGAUCGAAUUGGAGUUGGGGAUAUCUAAAGGAACAAAUUGGGAGGAUUUUCUGUCUUUGGUUUAUAAUGCAGUAUAUCUGAUAGCAAGAAUUCAUAUUCUUUCUAUUGCCUUAUA